UUGUGGGCCACACGAUUCGGUUCUGCCAGCAACGGCGGGAUGAUGAGCUUGCGGGCUUGAUUUCCUCUUGUAUGGAUGGGGAUAUAUACGACAAGUGGGGGGAGCACAUUGACCUCAGGACCCCGAGAGGUAUCAGGCAGGAAGCCCUCAGGUGGGCAGCGGCAGGGCCAUCGACCGCCCCGACCAUGUUUAGACUCUGGCAAGAGAGAGAGGACCCGGCCGUAAGGAUCGAAGAGAUCACGGGGGAUAGCGAGGAGGUUACGCAACGAUUAAAGGUCGGGGCCAUAAAAGACGAGCCGAUAAUUGUUGAGUCAGACGACGAGGAGAGGGAAGAUGAAGGGGAGCCGGCCGUAACCACCCUGGAAAAGAUGGAGGAUUUAAUGGGAAAAAUAGGGAGGUACCAGCGGAAGUUGAAAGAGUUAUGUGAUGAAGUCCGAGGGUGGAGAUCCGACCUCCCAAAGGUCUUCCUCUAUGAGACUGGGCCGGGGCCUGCAGCUGGGCAGCAGAAUAGUCCCGGGGUUGCCGUGGUGGGGUCUGGCCCCAGGUCAGGAAUGAUGUUCAGGCCGCCCACCCCGCACGGGCGGGCGCCGCAAGCAACUCAAACGAGGAGCCAAAGUAAGGUGGGCCCUAGUCAGCCACCAAGCCAAGCUCCAAGUCAGGCACCCCCACGGAAGAGACCUGAGCCUGAGCGUAGAAAGGAGGUGGUCGAGGUCCAGGAAGAAGAGGAAGAGGAUGAUGACACAGAGGAUGAGAGACUCUGCCAGGAGGAGGAUCGGCGGACGGAGCAGAGAGCUCAGAGAAAGGAGGCUCAGGAGAGGGUCGAGCCAGGUCUACAGGAUGGUGUGCCCAGGAAAAGGAAGUACAUCGUCAGGCUGGAGAAGGACUUUGACGUGGAAAGGAUGGUGGACCGACUCCUUGAAGGUCACAAUGACCUUAUGAAUUUAAAAGACAUCCUGGCAUCCGCUCCAAGACUCCGGGAAGAGUUGAAGGGGCGAUUGUCUCGAAGGCUGGUGCCCAACGUGCAUUUGAGCGUCGUCCUGCCCAGGGAAGUAGGAUGGACACAAGCUGGGACGAGAAUGGACUGGAAGUGUGUGGCAUGCGGGUUGGUGGACUUGGUAAUAAAGGAGAAGAAGUGUCUGGCAAUGAUGGAUACGGGCGCUGAAAUGAACAUCACUAGGGAGAGAGAUGCGCUUAUGCUCGGGAUGGAGAUCGACCGUGCAGAUCACGGUGUGCUGCACGGGGCUAACUGUAAAGCAAUUUUUUGCGGCACAGCAUCGAAUGUGAUCAUGGAGAUUGGCAAGGUGCGAGCAAGAACGUGCUUUUUCGUCAUGCCAGAUGCGGACCAUCCCAUCCUGCUGGGUAGAUCGUUCAUGUGCAGAACGGAGACUCUGAUCUUCAACAAGCACGAUGGAACGAUGAUAUUGCUCCUAAGUGAUCCAGCUUGUGGGAACUACGAAGUUGUCACCUGCCGGAACACGGGGCCAGGGAGCGAGCGGAAUAGGCCCAACCCCGGCUCGUUCACAUACGUGGAAUCAGAGAACGAGCGGCGGAGGCUCGCAGAGGAGCCUGAGGAGGAAGAUGGGGCGGAGUUGCUGUCACUAAGCCUUACGGAUGUAAGUAAGGCUAUGGAGAUCGUGGCGGCACAUGAGAUGGCGGACCCGGAGGCCAUCAAGGCCUUGCGAGAGCAUGGAAUGCCCGCAGGCAGGAGAGGUGGAGCUUAUCUAUCAGCUUCCCGGAGGAAGAAAGGGGUCUGCAAUGGCGCAAGCGCAAACAACAAGCCGACCUUUUUUAGGGGACGGCUCAAGCAGGGCGCCCAAAGGCGGUACAAAACGGUAAAUAAGAAGUGUCGCCCUGUUCCCGUGCUCGUUACGGAAGAUGAAGAGGCAUAUUACGAGCGGGAGCGAGGAUUGAUACGGCGAAUGCAAGAGCAGGCGUUGAGGGAUCCAUGUCGUAUCAAUGAUGGAAAUGAAGGAGAGUUAAUAGUCGGGGAGACAGGUUUUCUCUCGCCUCAGGAAAGGAUGUUGAUGGUGCAGUUGAUGAAGAAAAGGCAUCGCGCAUACGCCUUUAAUGACGACCAGCGUGGGAGGCUGGAUGUGGACAAGAUCCCGAUGAUCCGGAUCCACACAGUUCCCCACGAGCCCUGGAACUUGAGGGGUGCGCGAUACCCAAACCCUGAUGAGGAGAAGAUGGUGGUGGAUUAUCUGGAUGGCAAGAUACGCACGCAUGUUGUCGGCUACUCUAGUGGUCCGUAUGCUUCCCCUUGGUUCUGCUUUAUUAUGCCAAACGGGACGCUACGGUGGGUACAGGAUUUGCAGUGGCUGAACGCAGUAACGGUGCGAGAUGCGGGAGGCUUGCCGAACGCAGAUGCACUGGCAGAGUCAUGCGCGGGGAGGCCUAUGAUUUCACUUAUAGACCUUUAUUCCGGGUAUGAUCAGUUUCCUGUAUGCCCGCCCGAUAGGCCGGUGACGGCAAUGCACACGCCAAGGGGGCUAAUCCACAUGAAUGUGGCUCCUCAGGGUUGGACAAAUGCAGUGGCGAUGGUACAUAGACAUAUGAUCAGGGUCAUGCAAACAGUCAGCCCGCACAUCACCCAGCCCUACAUCGACGACUUGGCAGUCAAAGGGCCAAAGGAGAAAGAGGAGGAUGAGGUGCAGCCCGGAGUGAGGUGUUUCGUCUGGAGGCAUAUUCAGGAUCUCGAUCGGGUCUUAGGUCUGCUAGAGGAGCACAACCUCACUGCAAGUGGGCCAAAGUCCAAGCACUGCAUGAGAGAAGCCACCAUUCUGGGGUUUGUCUGCAAUGAGAAAGGCCGGAAGCCAGAUGUAAAGAAAACAGACAAGAUCUUAGAGUGGCCGGUGCCGUUCCAGACUAUAACGGAUGUGAGAAGCUUUCUUGGUACUUGCGGAUUUUGGAGGAGCUUCGUGAAAGACUUCGUCGCCAAGACUGAGCACUUAAGGAAGCUGGUGCGCCAAGACCAAGGGUGGGUUUGGGGCGAAGACCAGGAAGAAGCGGUAGCCAGGAUGAAGGGAGAGUUUAAGGAAGGAGGGUUGGUGCUAGGGGCGCCAAAUUAUGAAGGGACUGAAGAAAAGUCGUUCAUCAUCGAGACAGAUGCUGGGCCAACUGCAUUAGGAGGGGUUUUGAUCCAAGCGGAUGUCGAAGGAAAGGAAAGACCGCUAAGAUUCGAAAGUCGCACUCUUAAUACGAUUGAGAGGAAUUACUCUCAGUUCAAGAAGGAGACGCUCGCGGUACUCCAUUAUCAGGGGUCGAUCGAAGACACCCCGCCAGUUGACGGGUUCCUGGAUCAAGAAGAAGAUGUGCGACUCCAUAUAAAUAAGUGGGCGCUACGAGUACCUAGUUGUGUUAGCUAUCCCAUAUGGAUAGCACCAAGAGGGUAUGAGCGGAAGGCCGACUUAGUCCUUAAGCCAUUUCAGGAAGAAGAUCUGUGGGGAGGCAAGGACACGCAGUGGAUGAUGAAGUUGGCACUGGUAGGGACACAUGGCUUGGUGGAAGAGGUGAGGACAAUAGAGGAAGGGCCUACUCAGGUAGAGGAACAUGAGCAGCUAAUGGGAGGGAUGUAUCUGCUCACUAAUACGCUCCUGCAAGGAGACUUUGACCGGAGAGGUUCGUUUAGUCAUGAGGAGGAUGAGCUCCUGAUUCCGGAAAGCCAGGAUGACGAGUUCGAAGAAGGAGAAAUUAAGGAGGUAUUCUGGGCAGAGGAAUAUGACAGGAUCUAUCUUGAGCUGGGCCUACUUUUAUCCUGUGAGAUGAGGGACAGGGAUGCUAGCGACAAGGCGUAAAAGUUGAGGCACCUCUACGUGGUGAGAGAUGGGCAUUUGUUCAUAAAGCGGCAAGUUGGGAAUCCCAACUUGAUUGUGUGCGGGAGGAACCGACAGUUGGACAUCAUAGCGGCAUUACAUGAUGGUAUAGCAGGUGGGCACAGAGGUCUGACUUUAUAGAAGGCAGCCAUGCAGAGGGGCGGGCGGGGCACGCGGCCACGACAGAGACCUCUCGGGGCAUCCGGAGGGGAAGAGCGGCAUGGGCUCUUCAGGAGGGAGCCUACACCUGUGUUUGACAACGACAACAUCUAGCUCUUCCUGGACGCUUACCGAGAGCAUGCAACCCGGAGAGGAUGGGACGUGGCUGAGAGGAUACGUCACUUGAGGGGAGUUGGGAGGUUCGAGGAGCCCAUUGCGCAGAUCAGGGAGGAGACCCUAACUUGGUCGGAGGUAGAAGCAGGGAUGCAGAGACUGAGAGCUUCACCUUUGGGGAAUGAUGGGCUUUCUGGUGUAUGAUGAUUUGUGUAACAAACAGCUCAUAUGCUU